CCUCUCUCUCCAUACCUCUCCCUUCUUCCCCCUCUCUCUCCAUACCUCUCCCUUCUUCCCCCUCUCUCCCUCUUUUUGUUCUCUCUCUAUCACAUUAAACACUACAAACACAUGCACAUAAUGAGAGGAAUGCAAGUCACUGGUUGCAAGCAGUUCAUCUAAUUAAGAGGAAAAGAACACUUAAGAAUGUGCAAUAACAGUGUCAUAGGAUGCCUACAUAAAUGGACACGCACCCCCAAAAGGCAGUUGGCUUUGAUCUGUGUGUGUUUGUGGGGGGGUUGGGGGGGGGGUAUUCCAUCCAUAGUUAAGUCUAGUAAUUAUUAACACCCAUGGCAAAUUUAGAUUUUUAUUUUGAGGUAUUUUCACAUAUCUUCUGCCUGGGAGUUGCUACAUUGCUCUAGAUAUAUUCAUUAAAUAUAGCAUAUAAUUAUAUAUAUAUAUGCUAUGUGUGUGUGUGUGUGUGUGUGUGUUUUUUCUGGGUAAAAUCAGAAAUCAAAUUAAAUCAAAAUUCCUCCUCUAUUAGUUUACUCAUGAGCUCACACCAAGAACGAUAACAAUAACAAUUACUCAUGAGUUAACUUAGGCUAUUUGGUUUAGGGCCGUUCACACCAAAAGUAAUGAUGGUAACGGCAAUAAAGUAUCAUUCUAGCUAAUAUGAAAGACAACGUACACACAGAAUGAUAAUUAUAACGAUAAUGGCUAAAAAGCAUUGUUUUAGCUAAUAUGAAUGAGAAUGUCCACACAUAACGCCAUUGUUGUUACAGUUUAUGUGUAUGUUAUCAUUCAUAUUGGUUAGAACAAUGUUUUUUUUUUUGCUGUUUCUUGGUGUCCAAGAAAGGCCCUUUAGUCAUUAAACAAUGUACUUGGAAUACCCUUCCUGCUCAGCAUCUGGGUCCAGAUGUUAUAAAGUCUGCUGCUACCUCUGAAACACAACAUUACCCAGAAUUCACAGUGCCUUGACCUGUUGAGUGUGGCCUUGGUUGCACUUGGUUUCCAUUUGUAGUCCUCCUUAUCGCCUAAUUUGUUUUGUUUAUAAGCAGCUGAAACCAGACAGAGUGAGACACCACCUUUUGCAAUGCAAAACACUUGCAUUCGUCCAUCACAGUCCUUUUCCUGUUCGAUUUCCAAUUUUCUCUUAUUUUUUUUUUAAAUGUGUGUUUUUUUUUUUUACUUUACUGUUCAGAGAUAUUUUAAGUUCAUCAAAGUAUUUGGGUUAACACAUCAUUCUAAACUCAUUUAGAUUAUGUUGGUAAAAUUACAGGAGAAUGUUCUGUGCUGUUUGUGGAGCCUACAUGUCUUGUCUGAUAAGGUUUUCAAGUCAUAAAUAAAACAGGAAGCUUGCCUUUCUAUCCCUUUGGUACUGAUGAAAGCUAUCUUACUCUAUUAAAGUAAUUGGGGGGGGGGGAUCCUGAUUCAUUUUUGUUUAAUGUUGGGGGGUUUUAGGUACGCUGUAGUCUAGUUACGUUUUUGUCAUUAAAUUAGCUUUUAAUACUAAAUCUGGUGUUUUGUGAAUCCUUAUGUAUGUGAGUGUGUGAAAGAGCGACAGAGAGAGGGAGUGAUAGGCAUACAACUGCGCGAGGUUAGGAGCGCGAAUGCGCGCUCACAACGAGUUGCACGCUCAUUUAUAUACGCUUGCGUCGGUCACGCGCAUUAUAGUGAUUUGGAAGAUGGCGGUGUCCGUGUUCACCGGCGUGCGGCUCCUGUCUAUUGGGGAUGCCAAUGGGGAAAUUCAGCGACAGUCUGAGCAGCAGGCGCUUAGACUUGAGAUUAAGAGUACACCGGGCUCUGCGAUGAUAAACUUAUCCAACAGUGAGGAGACGAGUGUGUUUAAGUGUUCCCUGAAUCAGGAGACUGAAUGCAGCCGUGUGGGGAAGCAGUCCUUCAUCAUCACCCUGGGACAGAACAGCGUCCUGCUGCAGUUCCCCACGCCCGCAGACUUCUGCUCGUUCUACAACGCAGUGAAGAGCAGCACUGCUGGAAGUUCCGAAACCUCAGUGUUCAACCAGAGGACAGAGGAGGCAUCGGCCGUGCAGUACUUCCAGUUCUAUGGCUACCUCUCUCAGCAGCAGAACAUGAUGCAGGACUACGUCCGGACCGGCACUUACCAGAGGGCCAUCCUCCAGAACCACGCCGACUUCAAGGACAAGGUGGUACUGGAUGUGGGCUGUGGUUCAGGGAUUCUCUCCUUCUUUGCUGCCCAGGCUGGUGCCAGAAAGGUGUAUGCUGUGGAGGCCAGCAGUAUGGCACAGCAUGCUGAGGUGCUGGUGAAGAGUAACGGGCUGGCGGACCGCGUGGUGGUGGUGACGGGGAAGGUAGAGGAGGUGACUCUGCCCGAGCAGGUGGACAUCAUCAUCUCUGAGCCCAUGGGCUACAUGCUGUUCAACGAGCGGAUGCUGGAGAGCUACGUCCACGCCAAGAAGUUCCUCAAGCCUAACGGUAACCUGUUCCCCACCAUAGGAGAUGUGCACCUGGCCCCUUUCACGGACGAGCAGCUGUACAUGGAGCAGUUUACUAAAGCCAAUUUCUGGUAUCAGCAGUCGUUCCAUGGUGUGGAUCUCUCUGCACUCAGAGGGGCAGCGGUGGAAGGCAUUUUCAGGACAGCCCAUCGGUGAGCAACGCUUGCUGACACAUUUGACGUGCGUAUCAUGAUGGCAAAGUCGGUGAAGCACACGGUCAACUUCCUGGAGGUGAAGGAGAAUGACCUGCACAGGAUAGAGAUCCCCUUCAAGUUCCAUAUGAUGCAGUCAGGCCUGGUGCAUGGGCUGGCCUUCUGGUUUGACGUGGCCUUCAUGGGAUCUGUAAAUACUUCUAUCUGCCCCUUUGUGAUUGGCUCUGAUCAGUUCAUGCGGUACACGGGCUCCACCCCAGCCCCACCUCCUGGCUCACACUACACCUCACCCUCCGAGAACAUGUGGAACACGACGGGAACCUACGGCAUGAACCAGAACAUCUCAGCCAUGCCAGCUGCAUAUGAUCUCAGUGCUGUCAUUGGAGGAGGCACCGCACACAAUAACCUCAUCCCUCUCGUCAACACAGGCGGAGUUAACCACACCACAUCCAGAGUGGGAUCCAUUAUGAGCACAGGACUUCUGCAGGGAGGCAACCCUGAGCAGUCGGACUCCAGCGGAGGCGGAGCCGUCCAGUAUCCAAUCCCCAGCCAGUUCAUCAUGGGCGGGGCCUCCGUUCCCAUGGCGUCUCCCGUAGCGAUCCCUAGCAACACCAUGCACUACGGCAGUUAAUGGCGCCGUGCCAUUUCCGCCUCCUCCCUGCUCACAUCUCCAUAGUAACGUCCCCAAUGAACUGACUUGACCUUCUUGACCACCGUUCAAACGAAAGAAAGAAAGAAAGAAACCAAAACUGCCAUGAACUCCUUUACUCGUUCAUGUCUUUCCGUCUCUUUCUGUCAUAUUAUCUCUAUCCCUCCUUCUCUUGCUCCUUCUCUCUCUCUCUCUUCUCUCUAUCUGUCCGUCCAUCCCAUACCUUACCCCUUUGAUGGUCCCUCCUCCUGACAUCCUGAGCCAACAGGACAUGACAUCACGGCUCUCAUCACAGCCUCUGCCUCCUCCUCCUCCUCCUCCUCCUCCUCUUCGUGAGAUCAGGUUUAUUGUUUUGUUUGUUUAUAUUUUUGUUUGUUUGUUUCCAUGCCCCAUACUGCUGCUUAGGUGAGUCCAGUCCACUCCUGGUCUCACUCAUAGACAAUACACACACACACACACACACACACACACACACACACAUACAUAUCUAUGACAGAAGUGCUGUCUUGAGCCUCUGUCAUUAGCGAGAGUUGAUGACCUGUCGUCAUGUUUCCUCGCUUCUCCAUCACACACACACAAACAAACACACACGCACACACACUCGCUUCUCCGUCCCUGAGGAUGAGCAGGAAAGGAAGAACUGUGUCGGACUCCCAGUUCAUCCUCAACGGCUUAUAAAGCUCGAACUCGAAUCUUAUCUUUUUUUAAUCUUUUUUUUCCCCUCUCUCCUCCACCUUUUUGUUCUGACAAAGACCUGAUGUGGUGUUGACGCCCUCUGUUCUCUGUGAGGAGAGUUGACUUCUCUGUGCUCGGAGCAGGAGAGGAAGAUGUGCAAGAGGGUAUUGGCAUUUGUAUUUUUUAAAGACUUGUGACACACACACACACACGCACUGAUAUGUAAAUGCACGGAAUGUACACACACACACACACACACACACACACACACACACUCACUCUAUUGCACAUGCACACAUGUGAAUACAUACAUAUGAAUACAUACUCGUUCUGUCUUUUGAUCAGUUGGACAAAAUCGGACAGUCAAUUGUGUGAAAUCCUCCUUAUACGCCCCCCCCACACACACACACACACUCGCACUCACACACACACACACUCACACACCAACGUCUGACUGGCAAAACCGACAGACCGCUUAAAAGAUCAGAGCCUUCUAGACUCCUGGAUUGGAUUUUCUGUUUGGACUCCGAGCUCAUUUGCACUACAUCUUUAAAAAAAAAAAGACUAUUUUUUUAAAGCGUACCUCUGUUCCAUUCCCCCACCUGCACGUCAAUGCUGAGUUUACCAACCUGGAGUCUGCUCAGUCUGAAUCCGAUGAUGGUCCGAUAGAGGCAGCCAGCGGACAGUCAUCAGGAAGCUGUCGCUGGCCAAUCAGGAAGAGGGAAAAGUGGGGCCAGUUGGCGAGCUGUCCAGUAGGAGAGACACAGCUAGAGGCACCGAGUUUACAGUACAUUACAUGUGCACGCACACACACACACACACACACACACACUGGAUGUUUUUCUUGAUGGAGGGGGGUUUUAGGAAAAAGCCCUUAGUAGUCAGUCCACCCCCCUCCUGAAAACAUUCCAACACCAAACCCCUCUUCCCCUAUCAGUCAUGAAUCGAUGUUGUGGAAUUCGCCCUUUUUAAACGUAUCCAUCCUGCCAUGAUACUGAUGUUGGUUGUUGUAUGCCGAAUUUUUUUUAAAAAAAAAAAAAAAAAAAAAAACAUAUCGCCCCCCCCACCCUCAAGAUGAACUAUGCUUCCAUUCGUCGAUCCCUGAGAUCCCCUUUAGAGACUAUCUUCCCUCAUCAUCUUAUUUGUUUGGUGCAUCCCCAUUCGUAGAGGCAACUAAUUUUUUUUUUUUUUUCUUUUGUUUGUUGUUUUUCGUCUUUAUUUUCAUAAGAAAAGUAAAAAGGGAAAAAAAAGCCAAAUGACCAAAUUAAAUGUCAGUCGAGAAAUAGGACAGACCUGC